AUGUAUGGAAGUGAUAUGCAAGGAAAAACACAGUUUGAUCAUACUCUUUUUGUGAAGAGAAGUGGAUCUCUGGCAAUAUAUCUCAUUGUGUAUGUUGACGAUAUUGUUGUGACUGGUAAUGAUGCUUCAGGAAUUCAUGCUCUUAAGAAGUAUGUCCUUGAUUUGCUUUCUGAAACUGGGAAGAUGGGUACUAGACCAGCUGCUACUCUUAUUGAUAUGAGUCACAAACUUUCCGCUUCAGAUGGGACGUUGUUAGAAGACAAAGGGGUCUUUCAGAGACUUCUUGGGAAACUCCUAAGAUCUACUUCAGGGUAUUGCAGUUUGGUGGCUAGUAAUGUUGUUUCUUGGAGGAGCAAGAAACAAUCAGUUGUGGCUCGAUCCUCAGCAGAAGCAGAAUACAGGGCCAUGGCACAUGGAGUCUCUGAACUGCUGUGGCUAAGAUCAUUGAUGGAGGAACUUGGGAUUGAGCAUGACAAGCCAAUGAUGUUGUACUGUGAUAGUUAG